GAUUAAGGAGCGGUUCCAGUUUACUUUAUCUCGCAGAUCUGAUCUCAGGAGACAUGAAGAGCAGCUGGAUUUCCCUCUGCGGACUGCUGGCCGCCGCCGCCGCCGCCGCCCUCCAGCCCACCUACAGACACUACUCGAUACGUAAGUGUGAGUGCAAUGGCAGAUCCCAGUACUGCCUGCCCGACGCCUUCGGCCUGCACUGCCUCGACUGCCAGGGAAACACCGAGGGCCGCCGCUGCGAGCGCUGCAAAGACGGGUUCUUCCUGCAGGGGGCAGCGCUGAGCUGCACGCCCUGCAAGUGCAACCUCACAGGCUCCGUCGGCGCUGCGUGUGACAGCAGGGGGCGCUGCAGCUGCAGGGACGGCGUCUCGGGGGAGAAAUGCGACCGCUGUCCCAAUGGACCCAUCGGACCCAACGGCUGCACACAAAGACGUCAGCUCCGACAGGAUCCUGGCAGCGGCUCUCCCUCCUGUUUUUGCUACGGCCAUAGCUCCACGUGUUCCAAAGCGUCCGGCUUCUCCGUGCACAACAUCGCCUCCACCUUCGACCACGGUCCGGAGGACUGGAAGGUGGCCACGGCGCAGGGCCUCACUCCUCACGACACCGUCUUCCGCUGGUCGCCCAAGCAUCAGGACGUGGAGGUGAUCUCCAGGAACAGCCUGCCCAUCUACCUGUACGCCCCGGAUCGUUUCCUUGGCAACCAGCUGCUGAGCUACGGACAGAAUCUGUCCUUCUCGCUGCGUCUGGACCGCGGCGUCCGACACCCGUCGACCAACGACGUGAUCCUGGAAGGGGCGGGGCUCCGAGUCGGCGCCUCGCUGGGUGACCUGCGGUUUAUCAUCCCGUGUGGACAGAAGAUCCACUACAGCUUCAGACUGGACGAGCAGCCCAGCAGCAAGUGGAGGCCGCAGCUCUCCUCCGCUCAGUUCCACACACUCCUGCAGAACCUGACGGCCGUCAAGAUCCGCUCCACGUUCGGUGAAACCGGACGAGGAUACAUCGACAACGUGCAGCUGGUGUCGGCGCGGCCCGGAAGCGGCGUCCCGGCCCGAUGGGUCCACACCUGCAGCUGCCCGCCGGAGUACGAGGGGACCUUCUGCGAGCGCUGUGCGGCCGGGUUCAGGCGCAGCGCCCCGGCGGACGGAGCCUUCAGCCGCUGCCAGCCCUGCAGCUGCAGGGGGGGCAGCUGUGACCCUCGGACCGGGGACUGCUACUCCGCCGACGAGACGCCGGGGGAGCGCAGCUGCGCCGAGGGAUUUUACAGGGACCCGGUCCGGCCUGACGCCUGCGUGAAGUGUCCCUGUCCCGAUGGCGUGUCCUGCUCGCUGUCUGCUGGGUCUUUCCUGCCGCGCUGUGACCAGUGUCCUCCAGGAACCUCUGGUCCGAACUGUGACGUGUGUCAGGAGGGUUUCUACGGCGACCCAGAGGGAGUCUUCGGCGUGGAGCGACCCUGCCAGCCGUGUCAGUGCAACGGCCACAUCGACCUCGGCAUCGCGGGGAGCUGCGACCGCAUCAGCGGCGAAUGUUUGAAGUGCCAGAACAACACCAAGGGGCCGAGCUGCGAGUCCUGCGUGGCGGGUUUCUACCACAGCCGGCCGGCCGACGCCUGCAAAGCCUGUAACUGUGAUGCUCAGCGCUCGGAGUCUCAGCAGUGUGAUGGUUCUGGCCAGUGUCGGUGCCGACCGGGCUUCGAGGGUCAGCGGUGCCACCGGUCCAGCUGCCCCGCCUGCUUCAACCCCAUCAAGCUCAAGAUGGAGGCUUAUGAAGACAAACUGAAGGACCUUGAGACGCUGGUCUUGAAUAUGGACAACGGUCUGAAACCGGCCAACAAUGCUGAGAUGGAGGCGGCCCUGAGAGACGCCGAGGAGCUGGUGAACGACCUGCAGGAUGACACCGAGCUGCUGGCAGAGUUGGAAAAGAAACUGCAGGGUCGUCUAGCCUCCAUCAGCAAGAGUCAGCUGGCUGAAGGGCAGAACAUCCAGGACGUCGCAGACAAGGCCGACGACAUAAAAGACAAGCAUCAGACGUACAACUCCAAGUUGAAAACGGUCCAAAUGCUGCUGGAUGAGAUGAAAAGCAAACUGGAAGACGCCAAAAGCGACCUGAGAUCAGUGGACGUUCCCCAGUCCGAUGCUCCUGCUGGUUCAAAUCCCCUCUCCUCUCUGGUGCAAACAGCCACCGGUCUGGCCAACAAUCAUGAAACAACUGCAGACGCUGUGGACCAGACCGCCAACGAGGCUUUGAGCAAUGCAAAGAAGGGUCUGUCUCUAGUCCGAGAUCUCAUGAAUCGAGAGAACAAAGUCAAAGAGCUGAUCGGAGAUCUGAAGAACACGUACGAUCAGACUUCAGCUCAGGUGAAAGGUCUGGAAAACAGGGCGAAGACUCUGAGUGACGAGGCCAAAGCCGAGAGCAAAGCGGCAGACGGCAUGCUGAAGGACCUCACCACCCUGGAGAAGAACAUCCCACCGUCCCUGAAGGGGGCAAUGGAUGCCAUGGUUGCCAGGAUGGAUGGAGUGAAGAAGGCGGUGGAUGAAAACAUCUCUGGCCUUCAGGAACUGCAGGACAGCGUGCAACAGGACACGACCGACACUCAGAACCUGCUCGCCACCGGCAAAUCUGCCCAGAAGGACGCUGACAAGCUAUUAGCCAGAGUGAAUGGUGCUAAGGCCAAGACCGAGGGAGCCUUGCAACGCAUCAACUUCAACACCAAUGAGCUGGACGGCGCCCUGAACGCCCUGAAUGGCUUUGACCAGCAGAUCGACAGCGCCAAAGCUCUGGCUGAUGCCGCCAUCCAGCGUCUUCCCGGCAUCAACGGCACCAUCCAGCAGGCCGUCGCCAGCAACGACAAGACGUUGUCUCUCUUCGGCGAUGUGUCCGAUGAUUUCAGCGAAGCUGUGAAUUCGAUCGGUCAACUGGACAACCUCGUCAGAGGCAUCGAGGGAACGAUUGGAUCGCUGCCAUCUCACGACAGCCUGGCGAGCGACGCUAUCAGGCUGAACGGAGAGGCAUACGACCUGAAUAACAGGGCUCAGGGUGCAGCUCGAGACUUUUCCUUGGAGUGGGACAAGGCCAUGGGGCUGCAGGACGACGCUGACGACGCGGCUGUUGGAGCGGCUGCUGCUUUCCUCAACGCCAGACAGGCCAGAGACGCCGUGGGAAAGACUCUGCAAAACAUCAACAACAUGCUGGCGAACAUGAACAAACCCGGGACGGUGGACGAGGCCCGUCUGAAGCAGCUGGAGGACUCCUUGGCCAACGCUCAGAGAGACGUGGAGGGCAGCCUGAGGCCUCGGCUCGCAUCCAUGAAUGAGAAGGAGGCCGCGCAGCGCCGCCGCCUCAGGGCCAUGAACCUGGACAUCGACAACAUCCUGGUAGACAUCAGCAACCUGGAGGACAUCCUGAAGUCCAUCCCCAAAGGCUGCUUCAACAGCCCGCCCAUCGAGGAGGCCUGAGCCCGCCGUCUGCUGCCCAGACCCGACUCUGCCCCCGCUGAAGACCUCCGCCCUGCCGAGACAGGAGCUCCUUCACCGCCCGGCCUCCGUUUCCCCAGACGUGCACUGCUGAGACUCCUGAACGUGUUAACCCUCCGCCGCGGGAACCUUCACCCCGCCACCGCUCUCUCCUCGUGGGUCUUCCUCACUUCGCUUCGUGUGACCAUCGCUGUUUGAGGAUGUUGUUUGAUGGUGAACUGAGCAGGGGGCGGACUCUGUCCGCUGACAUUUCACAGCAAGAGUGUUUCUGUGUGUACAUUUUUGGUCAGUGAUGUUUUUGAAUGUAAUAGUAUUUAUUAUUCUUUUUUUAACUUUUAUAAAUUCAGUAUUUUAUUUGCUCUGUUGCCAAAACGUUUUUCAGUCUUCCUUUGUCCAGCAGAAAUAUUUAUAUCUAUCCAGACAGUUUUAAUAAAAUCUGCUGCACUUUUCUCAGAUUUUGUUCAUAAUUCAGCUUUUUCAAAUUGAUUAAUUUUUAUCAACUCUUAAUAAAACCAAUCACACAGAAUGGAAUAAUAGAAUUCAAUAACCUCAGGAAAAAUCUCAACAUCUGCAUCAAGAAAAGUGUGACUUUUAUUGCUCUAAGGGAGCGAAAGAGACGAUGAACCUGUGGAGUUUCUCCAGCAUCUGGUUCAGACUGAGCUGAAACUGCUGCUCAUCAGUCCCAAACAAAGCUGAGCCAGAGACGAAAUAUUUCAAUGAAAUAUUUUAUUUUUUCAGCAGGGGGUGAGUGUGAAUGAAUCACUUUGCAAUCAAAAGUCCACAAAACAUUUGUUAAAAAUAAAUUUCAUAAAAUAGCUCGCGAGAUGGUCAGAUUCAUUUUGGUGUCAGUCUUCAUGUCGCCUUUACAUUCCUUCCUUUUC